CCCGGCUGUAGCGCCAAAGUCGCACAGACAGAGCAAACACAUGACAGGCCUGCUGCUAGCUAAUCUCUCCAACUAGUUACGGUGCUGUUGUAGUCAUGUUUGUUGCUCGCAGUAUCGCGGCAGACCAUAAAGAUCUAAUUCACGAUGUUUCAUAUGAUUUUCACGGCCGCAGAAUGGCGACUUGCUCCAGUGACCAAAGUGUCAAGGUUUGGGACAAAAGUGAGAAUGGAGAGUGGCUUUGCACAGCCAGCUGGAAGACACACAGUGGAUCAGUAUGGAGAGUGACCUGGGCCCAUCCAGAGUUUGGGCAGGUUCUAGCUUCCUGCUCCUUUGAUAGAACAGCUGCUGUUUGGGAGGAGAUUGUAGGGGAGUCCAAUGACAAACAGAGAGGGUUGAGCCACUGGAUCAAGAGAACCACACUGGUGGACAGCAGAACGUCAGUGACUGAUGUGAAGUUUGCUCCUAAACACAUGGGUCUGAUGCUGGCCACCUGCUCUGCGGAUGGAGUAGUGCGGAUUUACGAGGCUCCUGACGUGAUGAACCUGAGCCAGUGGUCCCUGCAGCAUGAAAUCUCCUGCAAGCUCAGCUGCAGCUGCAUAUCUUGGAACCCUUCCAGCUCUCGUGCUCACCCUCCAAUGUUUGCAGUAGGAAGUGAUGACAGCAACGUAACGUACGGAGGGAAGGUCCAGAUCUACGAGUACAAUGAAAACACGCGGAAGUACAGUAAAGCAGAGACACUGAUGACGGUCACCGACGCAGUCCAUGACAUCGCGUUUGCUCCGAACUUGGGACGAUCUUUCCAUGUGCUCGCCAUCGCAACAAAAGAUGUCCGGAUAUUUAAGCUUGUUCCUCUGAGGAAAGAGAGCACCACUACAGGACCAACCAAGUUUGAGGUGCAGAUUGUUGCCCAGUUUGACCACCAUAACUCCCAGGUGUGGCGCGUGAGCUGGAAUAUCACCAGCACCCUGCUGGCUUCCUCUGGGGAUGAUGGCUGUGUACGGCUGUGGAAAGCUAACUACAUGGACAACUGGAAGUGCACAGGCAUCCUGAAGGGGGACGGCAGCCCGCUGACAGGCUCAUCUGGUCAACCCACAGCCAUGAGCACCAUGGUGGGCUCCUCCCUCCAGACCUCCCAGAAUGCCCUGAAUGGGAUGUCAGCAGGAAGGUAUUUCUUCCCACCCCUGGAUCCUCCCAGAGCAGGGAGCAGGUACGGCCACCUGCUCCCUCCCUCCUCCCUCAUAGAGCACUGUGAUGCUGAGCCUCUUACUCAGCCUCAGCAGCAGACUCUUUCCCACAGAAGCUCCUCUAGAGUUCUGCUGUCCUUGCCAGAAGCUGAAGAGCAAUGAUUUUAGACAUGUUUUUUUCUUUCUGUGUGUAUUUUAAUUGGACAAAGGUAAAGGAUACAGCGUCUUGGAAAAAUAUUCAUAACCCUUGAACUUUUGCACAUUUCGUCACGUUGUAAAUACAGACUUCAAAGGAUGCAGCUGUAAUUUUAUGUGUUAUACCAGGAGCUGCUUCUCACAUUAAUGCUCUCCUGGCUCAGUCUGUUGGUUUAAGUGGGCGGCCAUGUCUCGGUAGGUUCACAGUUAUGCUGACCUCUGCGUUUAUAG